GACCACUUGAAAGUCUGCUCGCACGGCUACACAUGCUGCUCUCAAGAAAUGGAGGAGAAGUACAGUCAGCAGAGUAAACAUGACUUCAGAAAUGCCGUCGUAGAGCUUAGCAAUCACCUACAAACCAUGUUUAGUUCCCGAUACAAGAAGUUUGAUGAGUUCUUCAAAGAACUUCUUGAAAAUGCUGAGAAGUCACUGAAUGACAUGUUUGUGCGGACGUACGGCCGUUUAUAUAUGCAGAACUCUGAGCUUUUCAAAGACCUCUUCGUGGAGCUGAAGCGGUACUACGUGGGUGGCAACGUCAACCUGGAGGAGAUGCUCAAUGAGUUCUGGGCGCGCUUGCUGGAGCGCAUGUUCCGGCUGGUCAACCCCCAGUACCACUUCACGGAUGAGUACCUUGAGUGCGUCAGCAAGUACACUGAGCAGCUGAAGCCCUUCGGGGACGUGCCGCGGAAGCUCAAGCUACAAGUGACACGAGCGUUCGUGGCUGCCCGCACCUUUGCACAGGGCCUUGCUGUUGCAAGAGACGUCGUGAGCAAAGUGUCCGCGGUGAACCCCACGCCGCAGGGUACACGAGCACUGCUGAAAAUGAUGUACUGCCCGUACUGCCGAGGUCUGGUAUCGGUGAAGCCGUGUUACAACUACUGCUUUAACGUCAUGAGAGGCUGCUUAGCCAACCAAGGGGACUUGGACACCGAGUGGAAUAUCUUUAUGGAUUCAAUGCUGCUGGUAGCAGAGAGGCUGGAAGGUCCCUUCAACAUCGAGUCAGUCAUGGACCCCAUUGAUGUGAAAAUUUCAGAUGCAAUCAUGAACAUGCAGGAGAAUAGCAUGCAGGUGUCUCAGAAGGUUUUCCAGGGGUGUGGCCAGCCAAAAACGCUUGCCCAGGGCCGGACAGCUCGCUCUGUUUCUGAAAGUGGUUUCAGCGCUCGUUUCAGACCCUACAACCCAGAGGAGCGGCCGACUACAGCUGCCGGCACGAGUUUGGACCGGCUGGUUACUGAUGUGAAAGAGAAGCUGAAGCAAGCCAAAAAAUUUUGGUCAUCUCUCCCUGGCAACAUUUGCAAUGAUGAAAAGAUGUCUGUAGGCACUGUCAAUGAGAAUGAGUGCUGGAACGGGAGCGCCAAGAGCAGGUACGACUUUGCAGUGACUGGGAACGGCCUAGCAAGUCAAGUGAAUAACCCAGAGGUAGAAGUUGAUAUUACCAAGCCAGACAUGGUGAUUCGCCGGCAAAUCAUGGCUCUGCGCGUGAUGACCAACAAGCUGAAGAAUGCGUACAGUGGGAACGAUGUCGACUUCAUUGACAUAAGUGAGGAGAGCAGCGGUGAGGAGAGCGGCAGCGGCUGCGAGCUCCAGCAGUGCUCCCCGGAGUUCGAGUUCAAUGCCACCGAAGUCACUGGGAACUCCAACAAGAGCGAUAAGAACGUGAACACUUCCGCUGCUACUAGGAGCGUUUUAUCACAAGCAGCCUUGCUCCUUAGCAUUUUGUUCUUGGCCAUGCAAAGACAAUGGAGAUAAUCGUGCAGCGUGGGGGGGUGGGGGGGGGAAAGACUUUUAUUAUCAAAGUUAGAAGGCACCUGCUUUCACUUUUAUACCAUCUAGGGACUUUGCUUUUUAAGUUAAUGGACAACAGUGUACAGUUUUUACUAUGUUGCCAUUGGUUUUAAGAUACAGAUUAUUUUUUUUCCCCUUGCUAUUCUGGGAAUAACAGGAACGGGGGCUACCAGUCUGUCUCGUUCACCAAGAGUCCAUGUUAGUGGUGGAUAACAAAAAUGUAUAUACAAGCCUGUAGUUAGUUCUGCAUUUGUGUCUUUAUCACUUUCUCUUUUUUUUUUUUCUUUUACCAUAUUUCUUAUGAAAACAAAAAAAAACCAACAGGGUCUUCUCUUGGCCUGUAGCAAGUAUGUGUUUCUCAAAUGAGAAAUAUCUGUACAGAAGCAGGCUUUAUUUAUCGUGUUAACUUACGGAGAAAAAAAUAAUUGCCCAACAAGCAGUUCCGUGUAAUUAACUUCCCAUUUAUCCGCAUUACGUUAGUUGCCUUAUCUGGAAAGAAGUGGAAGUAAUUUGUCUUUAUUAUGCGGUAAAACAGAAGGUGAAGGC